AUGAGCCAGCUGGUCGAAUGGCCCACGCCUGCCCCGGCCCAAUGCGCCUAUCUUCACGAGCUGGACCGUGGCGGCAGCCCAGCACAGCCACAGGUCCUGCCACUGCGCAGCCUCAUGUACCAAUGCGCCCGCUCCCUCGCCCAAAUGCGCCUUGCUUCCGGUGGCCUGGACCUGACGCUGCUGCCGGAUGAGAUGCAGCGGCUCGUGGGCAGCUUCUUCAAGUGCCAGGUGUGUUGGCAGUGGGACAACGGUCCGGCAGUCGACGACCGAGAGGGCUGGUGCAGCGGCUGUGCUUUCCGCCUGCUGCGGUGCCACAAGGACGGCUGCACGAUCACGCGCAACCUCUGGCUCUGUCUGCGCUGCGGACACGUCGGCUGCGGCCGCCCAUCGCAGUUUGAGACGGGCGGCGCCGGCCAUGCACUCGAGCAUUUCCAGAGGCUCGGGGGAGACCACAGCAUUGCCUGCAAGGUGGGCACGCUCGACGGGAAGGACCCCGCGCAAACAGACAUUCACUGUUAUCUGUGUUCCGAUGCCGUGGGCGGCGGGCUGCUGGUGUGGCACCUGUGGCGUCUGGGCUUCCACUUCGACGCCUUUCGCAAGACGGAGAUGAACCUGAACGAGUUGGAGGAAGCGCACAACGAGGAGUUGGACACCAUUACGCUCUACGAUGACUCCUUGUGGUGA